AAAAUAUUUUUUUAUUACUAAACACCAUCAUCGAAGAACCCUCAAAAAAAGGAAUAGCAAAUAACCCUAACUCAGGUGCCAUUGUACAGAGAGGAAUCGAUCCCGAGAAAAAAUGGUGGUAAACUCACCGGUGGUGAACAUAUACCCUCUCUCGAGCUACACCUUCGGAACGAAGGAGCCCAAGAUGGAGAAGGACACCUCCGUGGCCGAUCGCCUCGCUCGUAUGAAAGUCAACUACAUGAAAGAAGGCAUGCGGACGAGCGUUGAAGCGAUUCUACUGGUGCAGGAACACAAUCAUCCUCAUAUACUGCUACUGCAAAUUGGAAAUACAUUCUGUAAACUUCCGGGUGGACGUUUGAAGCCUGGAGAGAAUGAUGUUGAGGGAUUAAAACGGAAGCUUUCUAGUAAACUUGCUGCUAAUUUACCUUCCCAUCAGCAGAACUGGCAGAUUGGAGACUGUGUUGCUGUCUGGUGGAGGCCUAAUUUUGAAACCGUAAUGUACCCAUAUUGUCCUCCACACAUCACCAAACCAAAGGAAUGCAAGAAGAUUUUCAUUGUCCACCUUCCAGACCGGGAGUAUUUUGCUGUACCAAAAAAUUUGAAGUUGCUUGCUGUUCCAUUAUUUGAACUCUAUGACAAUGUCCAGAGAUAUGGUCCAGUUAUUUCCACCAUUCCCCAACAGUUAUCAAGACUCCAAUUCAAAAUGGUCGAUAAUGCCUGAAGCUGGUGAAGCUAGAACGUAUUUUGUGGUGUUACGAUAUCUGAACGGUUUCGGUUUGGAGCCAUAGAGUAUCCAGAGCAUUUUAUUAGAAUGGAAUUGUGAAAGAGUAUUGGUAUUAUAGAUUGGGGGGAAAAGCUACUAAUUUUUAACGUUAGUACUCUUUGGUCACCUCUAACUAAUUGGGAGUCAACUCCCGGAAAGCCUAUAAACAAGCUGAUCUCUUGGUCACCAUCUCGAAAGUUAGAGACUUGAAUCAUAGAUUAAUUUUACUGCUACAUUGGACCAAUGAAGUAUAGAUUUUGGUUCGUGAUGGAAAAGGUGGGCUUAAAUGACUUGUAUCUUGUCAUGAAUUUUAAGUAUUGUAACUGUCUGUGGAGGAUCAUUACCGUAAUGAAACUGUUAGAUGCGUUUUGCAAAUGUCUUGUUGUUCA